GCGGGAGGCGGCGGCGCCCGGACAUCGCCGCCGGUCGCGGAGUCGCCGACACCUGUCGCGGGCGGAGGGAGCCCGGGAAGGAAAGGCCCGGUGAUAUCAAAAAUGCUGUCCCGGUUAAGAGUAAUUGCCACGCCUUGUUCUUUGGCACGUCGCAGAUUACACACAAAGGAGAAAGGCAAGCCACUGAUGUUGAAUCCGAGAACAAACAAAGGAAUGGCAUUUACUUUACGAGAACGACAAAUGCUUGGCCUUCAAGGACUCCUGCCUCCCAAGAUAGAGACACAGGACAUUCAAGCUUUACGAUUCCACAGAAACUUGAAAAAAAUGACUGACCCUUUGGAAAAAUACAUCUAUGUAAUGGGAAUCCAGGAAAGAAAUGAGAAGUUAUUUUACAGAAUAUUACAAGAUGACAUUGAAAGCUUAAUGCCAAUAGUAUAUACACCAACAGUAGGCCUUGCCUGUUCCCAAUAUGGACACAUCUUUAGAAGACCAAGGGGAUUAUUUAUUUCAAUCUCUGACAGAGGUCAUAUUAGAUCAAUUGUGGAGAACUGGCCAGAAACUGAUGUUAAGGCUGUUGUGGUUACUGAUGGAGAGAGAAUAUUGGGUCUCGGAGAUCUUGGUGUCUAUGGAAUGGCGAUUCCUGUAGGAAAGCUUUGUCUUUAUACGGCCUGUGCUGGUAUUCGACCAGAUAAAUGCCUUCCUGUGUGUAUUGACGUAGGAACUGACAAUACAACACUCUUGAAAGACCCAUUUUAUAUGGGUCUUUACCAAAAAAGAGAUCGCUCACAGCGUUACGAUGACCUGAUUGAUGAAUUUAUGGAAGCCAUUACAGCCAGAUAUGGCCAGAGCACACUCAUUCAAUUUGAAGACUUUGGAAACCACAAUGCUUUUAGGUUCCUGAGAAAAUAUCGAGAAAAAUAUUGUACUUUCAAUGAUGAUAUUCAAGGGACAGCCUCCGUGGCUCUAUCUGGUCUCCUGGCAGCACAGAAAGUUAUUGGCAAACCAAUCUCAGAGCACAAAAUUUUAUUCCUUGGUGCAGGAGAGGCUGCCCUUGGAAUUGCAAAUCUGAUCGUUAUGGCCAUGAUGGAAAAUGGUGUUCCAGCAGAAGAGGCACGCAAAAAAAUCUGGAUGUUUGAUAAGUUUGGCUUAUUGAUUCAGGGGCGAAAAGAUGGCAUAGAUGGUCAUCAGGAAGCAUUUGCGCACCAGGCACCAAACCAGGUUCCCAGUACUUUUGAGGAUGCGGUGAAUGUACUUAAGCCUUCAGCUAUCAUUGGAGUUGCCGGAGCUGGGCGACUUUUCACGCCGGAUGUAAUCAGAGCAAUGGCUUCCAUUAAUGAACGGCCUGUAAUAUUUGCACUGAGUAAUCCUACAGUAAAAGCUGAAUGCACUGCUGAAGAGGCAUAUACACUUACCGAGGGUCGCUGUUUGUUUGCCAGUGGCAGUCCAUUUGGGCAUGUGAAACUAAGUGAUGGGCGGUCUUUUAUUCCAGGCCAAGGAAACAAUGCCUACAUCUUCCCAGGUGUCGCUCUGGCUGUAAUUCUCAGCGAUGCUCGGCAUAUUAGUGACCAUGUCUUUUUAGAAGCUGCAAAGGCAUUGACCGAGCAACUGACUGACCAGGAACUAGCCCAAGGAAGGCUUUACCCACCACUCUCCAAUAUUCAAGAAGUUUCCAUUAACAUUGCCAUUAAAGUUAUAGAAUAUCUGUAUGCAGAAAAGAUGGCAUUCCGUCACCCAGAGCCAGUAGACAAGAACCAGUAUGUCAGAUCGCGAAUUUGGCGCAGCGAUUAUGAGUCUUUCAUGCCAGAUGUUUAUGAGUGGCCUGAAGCCGCAGCAAAGCCACCCAAAUUUAUCUGAGGGAAGCGCUUCAAGCCGAUCACACUUCCAGAGCUGCAGGGAACCCCGUUUUCAGACCAAGCAGAGAUGGCGUUGGACAUUUGUAGCUUUUUCUGUACUUUUUAUUUUAUUUCACUUGGCAUAACUUAUUUUUCCCAUAAAUUUCCAUAACUAUAUGGGGAUGAAGGACACCGCGAGCACUUUGUCAAUGUUAACAAAAAUUUAAAUGACCGUAUUUUCAUUUUCCCUGGGAACCCAUACCACAUCACAGAUGUUUUAAAAAAUAUUGGAACAUAUUUUUCUGUGCUUGUUUUUUCUUUCCCUGCUGAUUGCCAAAGUAUUUGUUCUUCCCAUUAGAAAUAGUAUACCCUUCAAAGUUAUUAAUAAUUCACCCCUAAGAGUGUGAAUGAUAAAUCCUCCACUGUGAUUUGAAGGAGAGAAUCCCACUAAGAAAGAGAGGCCAGUUUUAACUAAUUUGUACGGGGAAAAACACUGGUAUCCAAAUUAUCUUUUGUUCAUCCAUUUGUUCGCCUUGAUAGUAGAAUGUCUGAGUUUAGGCUGUUCUAUAAAAUGUGCAGAAGAAUUUGCAAGCACUGUUUAUUUUCUGAAAUGUCAUAUCGUUGGGGGAAAAUGGAAACCGGACUCACCUUUUUAGAAGAAUAAGCAAAAACUCAGCUAAUCUUUUGAAUACUGCAUAGCGUUGUAAUGUGAGUUUGUUUUUUUCAGAAUGAUCUGAAAUAACUUAAACUAUGUAAAAUUGUCCUGGCUCAAAUAUGCAGCAGAGAAAUUAUCUAACCUGAAAAAUUACCUGAAGGAAAUUGUGAUUGUUUCUUUGGCUUUACUACAUUUUCACUUUUUUUUUUACAAUGUUGUAAUGCGUAAGGGUGCAAGUAAAUUAGACCUUUAUUCAUUCACUUCUUGCCUUUUCUCCCCUAUUUUUCUGGGUUUUUUUGGUGAGCUGCAUGUAUUAGAAGUGAUUUGUGACCUUUGGAAGCUUAAUUUGUCAACUAUAAAAUCAUCUAAAAACGCUACGUAGAGGACUUUGUUUACCCAGUUCUCAGUUGAUUCCCCAGUUUCUCUUCAGUCUGAAGAAUUAGCUUUAUCAAAACACUUCCUAAUAAAUUUUGUAAAAUAUUACAACUGGACAUUUUUUCUAAUUGAAGAUUGAAGGUUUUUUCCCCCAUUGUUAGACUUUAUCCCCGAAAAGAUUUAGAAAAGGUAUUUUACAAAGAUGUGGUGUUGUGUAUUCGGUUUGAGUAUGAAAGCUAUAAAGUGACUAAUUUUAGUGAAUGACCCCAUAGUCCUCUUUGAAUAAAACAGUAAUUUUUUCAUUUCCUUGCAUAUGAAAAUAUGGAUUUCUAGCCAUAUAAAAUAUAUAAAAAAAUAAGGAUUGGGAGAGAAAACUUCAGUGGAGUACAUUUCGAGUCUAAUGUUAAAUAAUCGACGAUUAAAAUAUGUCUCAUAGGGUUUAGAAAAUGAAAGAGGGAAACCGGCUUUUAUUUAAGCAGAGGUCUCCAUGACCCAAAAAUAGUGCUACUGAAUCCCAAAAACCCACUCUAAGAAGUAGGCAGUACAACGCAUGCUCUUUUGGGAACUAGCAUCAGCAUUAGAGAAGGAGAAGAUGACAACUUGAACUGAAAAAUAUCAAACUUUGGCCCUUUUUAAAGAAAAUUGUUCAGAUGGGAAGUCAUUCAUUUGCCAAUGACCAGGUUCACCCUUAAGGAAACUCUGUUUGGCAAAUAUUUGUCAUUACUCCAAGAGUUUGUUUAAGAUCAGCUCCCCCAUCUUCUCCAGAAGAACCCUAGGGUAACCACGGGCAGAGGGACAAGACUCAAGUGGAUACAAGAGAAAGAGCACCGUCAUCGGUAUCCUUCCCCAAGUGAGGGGAUAGUUGACUUAAAGUGUAGUGGGAAAAGUCUAUAAACCUGGAAAUUUGGUUUAAUUUUUUUUAAGGAUGGAGUGUAAUGUGAGCUUUAAAUCCUGGGCUAGGAAUCCUUUUGUGCAGUCUCUAGAAGAAAAGGUCAACACGAAUGACGUUUUUACACCGCAUGCCUUUUCAUCUAGUCUUGCUAAGUUUUGUUUUUACAAUAUUUUUAAACUAACUUAAAAGAGGUCUGAUUCUGAGAACAAAUUAAAUUCAGUAAAGGAUCACUGAAUCAGGUUUUCUGAAAAUACAUCUGACUCCAAGCAAUUUGUUAUGCAUCUCACAAUAAUUUGAAAGAAAACUAUCUUAAUAAAUCAGGUGGCAACCAUUAUUUUUCCCUUGAAAAGGGGAUUAAUUAAUUUUAAAGUUAAUCCCUCGUUGUAUUGUGAUUGGUUGCCUAAUGACACGGUUUGCACUAUCUUGUGGCCCCUCUGACCAUACUGUAGGAAGAGAGUAUUUCUCUUUUGAAAUAAGAGAGGGAUUUGUGUUUCAGAGGUAAUUUGUUUCAGGGGUAAUGUUUUUUAGAUGUUUAGGGAGUUUUGUCUUGUCCUCAGCUCUAAAGUAGAAGCUGCAAUUCUGAGCCGAAAGCAGAGAACAGUUAUCACAGAGCUUUGAUGGGUGCGGCGAGGGUGUGGAGAAAUUAUUUUCUGAAGAAUCACUCCAUCAAGCUCCAGCCCUAGCCCCUUGCUGUUUAAACUUGAUUUUCAGCUAUAAACUUUUAGUACAGUGCUGGUUAACAACCCCCAGAUUCUUUUCAUUUUAUUCCCCCCCCCAAAAAAAAAGAAAUAGAUUGGGGGUAAGUAGGAGCAAGAAAAUUAGAAUUCGAUGAUAUUUAUGAAAGACCUCAGGACUCCAUAUUCUAAAUAUUCACUUGAAAAGGAGGGUGGGCAGAAUGGAAAAGUUAAUGUCUCCCACAUACAGUAUUUGCAUCGAAGAUUACCUGUGUUCACAGGCUACCGUGUUGUAAUUUUCAGGUCGUCAGACUGCCACAAGAACAGCUCCUCUCUGGUCAUGAAACGAUACUUUACAUCAAUUCUUGCCCUUGAUGAUCUUUUUAAAUGCAUCCAAGUGGUGCACGAAAUUUCUUCUUCGAUAUAAUCCCAUCAUUCCAACUACUGAAAAAUCCCAAACCCCCAGCCUAUUUGUGGAGGGGGAAGUUUUGCCACUUUCGCCGAUAAAGGAAAGAAACAACUCAGCCUUACAUACAAUCACUCCUAUUUAUUGGGCACUUUAUUGUGUGCAAAGCACUGUUCUAAGCACUUGGGAGAGUACAGUAUAGUAGAGUUGAUAGCCACGAUCCCUGCCCACAGCGAGCUUAGAGUCUGGAGACGAAGUUCAGGUCUACGGUCUCCAGUAGCACAAGAGAUUCAUCUUGCUUUUUCGCUGCUGCAUUGAUCUGUACACACAAAUCCCCUAGGAUCUUCAGUGAGAACUCCACUAUAGAGUGAUAGCAGUAUUUAAAAAUGAUAAAUCUCUUACUUCUGCUGAUCCGAAAGUGGCACCUGUAUAGUAAAAGGGAAAACAUGUCUGGGAGUGGAAUGGAAAGGUGUUCACAGUUUGCAGAAAGUGUACAUGUCGAAUAAAAUGUUUUAAAAGCUUUGUAUAUUUCUGUAACAGCUUUUUGCCUACAAACUGGGUGUUUUUUAUAUGUCUGUUUAAUCUCCUUUACUCCAUGUAAAAAAGUGAUUUUGCCACUUAAGCAGCUUUGGGAGUUCUCCAUUCUGUGGAGUUCUCCAUACUUUGUUAAGCUCUAUGACGAGGGGAAAAGUGUUGCUGGCAAUAUUCCCUAGUUUUCAGUAUUUAAUUUGUAUGUUCUAGGUAAAUGAUUUUUCUCUGUGCCUUUGCCAUUUAAAAAAUACCUCUUUGCCUAUCACCUAUUUCUACUUUCCCGAGAACAAUACGAAUCAAUUAAAUCUUUUGAUGCGAAGGAUUGUUGGGGAGGAGCCAACUAUUUAAACCAGUACAGAAAAACCCAAAUGCAGAACAAAAGAUUACUUUAUCUUACAGAACUGAUGAAGCACACUUUUCUAUCACUCCAAUAUCAACGUUUCAGUUCUAUAUGUGCAUUUUUACGUUGGGAACGUGAAAAUAUUCAAUAGCUUCAACUCUGAUAUUGGAAGUCUAUCAUGUCUUGAUGCUUUUGAUUUGGUAAUUGUCAUGGCAGUUGUGAUUUCUAUACUCAUUCUGAAUAAAUAGAACUUUCUUUUUCCAAG